AUGAGCAUCUCCAGAAAAUCAUGGGAAAACCCGCAUAAUCCUCGAGUGCACGUGACGGGAAGUGGCCCAGGUGGAGGAGGAGCCGGCGGUGGAAUGGGCCGGAAAACACCCUGCUCGUCCCCGGGUCUCAUAUCAACCUCAGACGCGUCGGAUUCGUCAGAGAGGCGCGCCUCGUCUGCCAAAAAUAGUUUAUUUUUGUUCAAUGAUGAGGGUGAAUUCCCUGAAGAUCACGAUGAGGUGGACGAGCGCUCGGUGCUACGAUACGAACUGGGUUUUUACGAGAAAACGGGCAAAGACUGUUAUCGGGGUACGCUGACGUUCGCGCUGCGCUACGAUUUUAUUCACCGGGUGCUGAUGCUCCACGUAUUGAGGGCCAACCAUUUGCCGGUUGAGGACAAGGAGCAAACAGUGGAUCCAUAUGUAAAAGUCUACCUCCUCCCCGACCGCCGAAAUCAUUGUAAAACGAGAAUAUGCAAAAAGACGAACGAUCCAGAAUUUAACGAAAUGUUCAGCUUCGACGUGUCCUUCAACACGUUGUCUAGUAAAAUGUUGCAGUUCACCGUCUAUGAUUUUGACCGCUUCACGAGGCAUGGAUUGAUAGGCAACGUAAUUAUGCGCGACCUGUUCGACAAGAGCGACUUAUACGCGUGGACCGAGUACACGAUGCAGAUCGUCUGCAGCCAGGAAAAGAACGACUUUGGCGAUCUGUUGCUCUACUUGUCGUACUCGGUGACCGAGCAGAAGUUGUGGGUCACCGUAGCCAAGGCGUACAACCUACGGCCGAUGGACAUCACCGGCGCGUCCGACCCAUACGUGAAGGUGGAACAGGUGUACCGAGGCCGACGCGUGAAGCUACGCAAGACUACGACCAAACGCGCAAAUUUGAACCCGGUAUACCACGAGACGCUCGAGUUCGACCUGCCCUCCACGCAGGCCGGCGAGACAAACAUGCUGGUGCAAGUGAUGGACUGGGAUCGCAUCGGAAAGGAUGACCUCCUUGGCUGCACAAUUCUCGGGCAUGACAGCCCGACCUCCCAGGGCAGGACGCAGUGGGAACAAUGCUUUGCAUUAGCAUACACCGAUCAGGGACAUAAAUCGAAACCGGUCGGCACUUGGCACAGCAUCCUCUCCGAAGUGCCCGAGAAUUUCCGCGACAUUCCAAAGGCGAAAAAGCGAAAA